UUAGUGAAGGUCAAAUUAGCAUAGUUGCACAUUGUCUAUACUUGAGCUCAGGCUAGAAGUGUAGAAGAUUGUCAAGCAGUAAAUAUAUAUCAUGCUUAAGUUUGUAGUAGCAUCUUGCCUGGCUGCGGCCGCCGCUGGUCAACUUGUUGACCCCAAGAAUGCCAAGAUCCUCAAGGAACAGAGAUUCAAUGCUGGAGAUGGAAGGUUCGGAUCUGCAUAUGCUCAAGAGGAUGGAGUAGUGUUCAGAGAGGAGACUGGAGCAGAAGGAGAGAGAGUUGGACAGUAUUCUUAUAUUGGAGACGAUGGUGAGACCUACAACGUUAAAUACACCGCUGGUAAGGAUGGAUUUAGAAUUCUUGACGGUUCUCAUGUUCCCACUGGAGCUAACGGACUUAACUCCGCACCUUUUGGAGCUGAGGACUCUCCUGCCCUUGCCGCCCCUGUCCAAGUAGCUGCCCCUGUCCAGGUAUCUGCUGUUGAGCAAGUUGCUGAUUAUGAUUACAAUGAUGCCCCUGUUGACCCCAACUUCAACCCCUUCAUUAAUCCUCAUGAUCCCACCCACCGUGACUUUCAGUUCAACACCAACGGAGCUAGAUUUACUCCACAGAAUGCCCCUGCAUCCUCUCUCAACCAGUUCAACGCUGGAGUAGUCCCCCCUUGUGCUGACUGUGCUGGAGUAAACCCAUUCAUCAAUCCCUUUGAUGCUUCUCACCAGGCUGGGUUUGUAGCUCCCCAGCCUGCACAGCGUCUUGCUCCCCAGCCCGCCCAACGUGUCCAGACUGCUUUCAACCCUGCCUUAGUACAGACCACCACCCCCGAACCUAGACGCUUCUUCCCUCCCGGUCAACUUAAGCUGAACAGGUUCGAGACAGGAUUCAACUUUGACUUUGCUUCCCAGUAAGCAGAGAGCAAACCAAUAUUGUACCUGGGAGGCUUGUUUAAAGAACUAGUUUCUGUUGUUAUUGUGUGAGCUGAGUGGCUGUGCUGUCUGCUGGUGCUAUGUACUGCGAACAGGAUGAUAUAUUGUGCUGAAUUUAUAUAUUGUAAAUACAAUUUUGAAAGAGA